UAAACCCGGCGAGUUGGAUUCUCUGGCUGGAUUUUGACACGGCACUCUCCGAGAUCAACACAACCUACGUAUUUUUUGCAGCAAAAAAUUGCAACUUUUUGCACAAUUUUAAUAUGAAGACCUCAUUGAAGCUGAACAAUGGGAGUGAAAUGCCCAUGGUUGGUUAUGGAAUGUGGCAAUCUGACACUCCUGAAGAACUUGAAUCUGCCCUGAACACGGCCCUUGCCGUCGGUUAUCGUCACUUUGACACGGCGUGGGGUUAUCGAAAUGAAGACGUGUUUGGGAGAGUAUUAAAGAAGUGGUUUGCUGAGGGCAAGGUCAAAAGGGAGGAGUUGUUCAUCGUGACAAAGCUCCCACCCACUGGAAACCACCCUGACCGCAUUGAGCUCUAUCUUCUCGACUCCUUGAAGGCCCUGCAACUUGACUAUGUCGAUCUCUACCUUAUCCACAAUCCGGCUACCAUUAAAACACAACCAGAUGGAUUCACUCCAGUCAGAGAUGCGAAUGGCAGGAUUGUUGUCGACACGUCGGCUACUUUGGAGCAAAGUUGGUGGAAACUGGAGGAACAAGUGACUCUUGGACGUUGUAAAGCGAUCGGGUUGAGCAAUUUCUCCCCAGAACAGGUCAUCCGAAUUUGCAAAUGCGCAAAAUCCAUUAAGCCAGCUAAUCAUCAGGUAGAACUUAAUGCAAGUUACCCAAGAAAGGAAUUGCGAAAAGUGUGUGCCGCUAACGGCGUCACGGUCACUGCUUUCGCCCCGCUAGGCUCCCCUGGCAGAAAAAUUUACAAGGGAUAUACGGCAACUGGAGCGGAUUCGAUCGUUCCCAUCCCACCCCUUUUGACUGAUCCUGUCGUCACCCGCAUUGCUGGAAAACAUGGAAAAACUCCAGCUCAAGUUUUGCUCCGAUUUCUUGGACAACUUGACAUUAUUACACUGGCAAAGAGUGUGAAUGCGGAUAGAAUCAAGAGUAAUUUCGCCCUCACUGGGUGGGAAUUAGACAGUCAAGAUAUGGCUGAUUUGGAUGGAUUGGAUCUCAAAGUGGAGGGAGGUACGUGGGGAUUCGAUUGGAAGAAUGCAUUAGGAGGGAUUGAAGAUCAUCCAGAAUUUCAGUUGGCUGGUUAAACUAUGAUAACUCAUGAUGAUGAUGAAAUGAUGUUAUCUAAAAAUUUGUAAAAGUAAAUUUUAAUCCGAGAUAGUAAAUACAAUGCAAAAUUAAUUUUUAUUAGACACCAAGUUUGAAUAAAGUUGAGAUUAAACACAUAAAA